AUGAAAUGUGUAAGUCAUGUGAAAGAAAACUUCAUACGACGGUCGAUGAGUCGAGCUAUGAUAUGUGAAGCGGUGAACUACACGCUGACGAUUAUUAUUUUGUUUUGUGCUACAUUUCAGAUCCGAACAACUCACGAUCGCACACAACUUUUCUACUUCUUUCAUGUCUCUAACAAUUUUUCGAGAACUGAUCACAGCCAAGGUCUGAUAGCACAAGAAAAAUUAACAUUAAAAUAA